AUGAUGUUUGAAAUCCGAGGAAAUUGUUCGAUUUGUUCGCAACCAUAUGUAACAAACAAUAUCUCGGCUUUACUAUGUGGACAUAUUUUUCAUUAUGACUGCAUUGUGAAAUGGUUUGAACGUUCACAAACAUGUCCAACGUGUAGAGCUCCCACUAACAACAAUCAGCUAGUUAAACAUUUAUUUAUUGAUGAUCCAAGUGAUCACAAUGACAAUUCGCUUCUAUAUGAAUCUCAACCUUACGAUGUUGCAACUGUGAGCAAUGCACUUCCUUGUGCUGAAGAAGAAGUUCGCAAGCUAGCAAUUCUCAGUGAAUCACGGAUACGAGAAGUCCUACACAAAUUCGAUGACUUGAUAUCAAAUUUACAAAAUGCAGAGGUACUCGCUGACUGGAAUAGCGUCUCGAGUGAAGUUGCAUCACUACAAGAUAAAAAUAAGAAUGGAGAGGACGCUGGAAAAUUAAAUAAACCUUUGGAAAUUGCAGAGUUACUCGCUGUCGAGAUACGAUUUUUCCUACACGAAUUCGAUGACUUUCUUCAGUCGAAAUCAAAUAGACCUUUGAAAAUUGCAGAGUUACUCGCUACGGAGAUACGAUUUUUCCUACACGAAUUCGAUAACAUGGUUCUAAAGUCCACUACUUCAAAUAUACCCUCACAAAGUUCAGAGCUACUCGCUGAGUGGAAUAGCCUCUCGAACGAAAAUGCAUUACUAAAAGAUAAAAUUAAGGAAAUGGAGAGAAAAUUGGAAAUAUCUGAAAGACGACUGCAAGCGUGUGAGUUGUACAAUAACAUUGAUGAAUGUUUUGAUUUGCGUCAAAUGAUAAGAGAAAGCGAUAAUCAACUGAGGCUUCUAUAUGCUUCAGAAGUCUUCACUCCAUCAUUUCUUGGCAUUCUCGUGUUACUUAUCGUGCGGCUCCCUGGUGGAAUGGGAAGAUUUAUAUGUACGUUAGCAUGCCUUGGGCAGAUAGGAGCAGCUUUGCUACUUCUUGCAGUUGAAAUUUAA